AUGCCUCUCAUACCGGUUUCUCUCUGGAGUCACUCUAUCGGUGCUAAUUCAUGGAAGGUGGCCAUGAUUUUGGAGGAACUUAAUGUCCCUUACACCCACAAGUUUAUUGAAUUUCCUGAGAUGAAGCAAGAACCGUACGUGUCCAUUAACCCCAAUGGUCGCGUUCCUGCAAUUGAGGACCCAAAUACCGGCAUCACUCUAUGGGAAUCCGGCGCAAUCAUCGAGUACCUGGUCGCUACGUACGAUAAACAGAACACCAUUAGUUUCACGGCUGGCUCAAAAGAGGACUAUCAAACCAAGCAGUGGUUGUACUUUCAGGUGUCUGGCCAAGGACCAUAUUUCGGCCAGGCAGCUUGGUUUUUGCGGUACCAUUCCGAGAACGUCCCUAGUGCUAUAGAGCGCUAUAUCAACGAAAUUAAACGUGUCUCGCUUGUUCUGGACGGGGCGCUGAAGAAUAAGGACUACCUUGUCGGAGACAAAUACACAUAUGCCGACGCCGUCUUUGUGCCGUGGUUCACUAUCAUGACUUCUUUCACCGACGAAAUGAAUCUCGAUGGAAAGUUUCCUAAUGCACACGCCUGGUUAACUCGCCUGAAGACCGCUCCAGCGAUUGCAAAGGUCCUUGACGACUGGAGCGGAGCCUCCGGACAAAAAAUGAUGUGA